GGCACGGUCCAUAUUGGGAAACCGGGGCAGUUUGGUAAUCUCAGCCCUCCCACCCCAUGGUCAUACUCUGCUCUUGGGCUCUUGAAGUGAAAACUACUCAUCCUCUCUGUCCCUCUGUCUCUCUCUCCCCCCUCACAUGCCUUCACAAAUUCCUUUAAAAACACAAAACAAAACAAGACCUCUUUGGAUUCACAGACACUCCUUGUCUCUCUCUCUCUCUCUCUCUCUAUAAUCUCUGGUUGUCCAAGAUUCUUCCAGGAGAUGAGCCUCACCCCCAGAAAACCAAAUCCAGCCGUUAAAUUCCCACUUGCUGACCAAUCUUAUUCCUUUCUUGGAGCUUUUCCUUAUAUCAUCUGCUGGCCUGAACUGAGCCUUCUGGUCUUCCGAGACCACACCAGCACCAACGCUGGCAACCCCGAAGUCAGCCGGCAGGAGAUACAGGCCGCCAUUGCCAAGGCCGUGGAGCUCCGAGCUCUCCACGCCGCCCUCAUGCACGGCAACACCAACACCAGCAGCCCCUCGUCCAAUUUCAGGUUCCCCGCACCAUCAGCAACGGCAGUAGCAGCUUCCUUGUCCUCCCCUGUUCCUCACCAUGCCUCCCACUUCUCUGCUCAGGACUACCCUGUCUUCACCCCGAGUUACGAGGACGACCCCGUCCAUGGAUACCAUCAGACGGUGUCAAGAAGUCGAGCCUUAUCAGAGAGCUGGGACGACUACGGGCUGCUGGGAUUGGAAAAUUAUGAUGAGACAAUUUUGUCCGAGUAUAGGAGGGAUAACUUGUCCUCGAGGAAAGGCUUGCCCUCUAAUUUUGUCAGCUUAGAGUCCCAUAUUUGCCCCGCUGAGGAUCAAAAGUCAGUCACCGGUUCUUGUGCUAAUAACGUAUCCGUGCUUCAGACCUCCCCGGGAGCUGAAUUUUACAAGUCCAGCAGGAGGAACAGUAUGGCGGACUUUAAGUCGGUAUCUUCUUGCAAUCAGUGCAAGCCUGCGAUUAUAACUUCGGAAUCGGAGAGUGCCACCAGGAACAGCAAGAACUCAAAUGUGGUUGCUCCGGUAACGAAUUCUCAGUCAUCAGUUCAAUCGUCGCAGACUAAGAGCCGUGGGGUAUUUCUCUCACGGCUUUUUCCUCGGCUGAAGAAGAAACACAAGAACGAAGCUUCCCCGAACAGGACCGAGUCCGAGGAAGUAUCUCAGAUUUUCAAGGACCUGGGAAUAAUGUCAGUCGAAGCAUUGAAGAAGGAGCUGAUAGAGGCAAAUGAGCACAGAGAUGCGGCGUUAGUGGAGGUUGCAGAGAUGAAGUCUUCCUUGGGGGAGCUGAGACAGAAGCUCGAGUACCUCGAGACGUAUUGUGAAGGGCUGAAGAGAGCUCUGAGGCAAGCAACACCGGCCAAGGAUAUGCAAAAUCCUGAGAAACCGGUGAUGUUCCCGUCGAAGGGGAAGCCUUUCAAUAGCAAUGGAGAGAAUGCUAUGCCCGUGACCGAGGAAGUGAUGACAGAAGGAUUCCUGCAAAUUGUGUCGGAAGCGAGAUUAUCAAUCAAGCAGUUCUGCAAGACCCUUAUCGGUCAGAUUGAAGAAGCCGACAGCUCGUUAAUGGACAAUCUAAACUCGCUGCUUCAGCCCUACAAACUGUCGCUCAACUCUCGGUAUUCGAAGGCAGUCCUCUACCACCUCGAAGCAAUCAUAAACCAAACCCUCUACCAAGACUUUGAGAACUGCGUCUUUCAGAAAAAUGGCUCCCCGAAGAUCUUGGACCCCCAACAAGACCGACAAGCCCAGUUCACAUCCUUCGUCGCGCUCCGGAAUCUGAGCUGGAAUGAAGUCCUAAGAAAGGGGACAAAGUACUACAGCGAAGAGUUCAGCAAGUUCUGCGACCAGAAGAUGAGCGGCAUCAUCGCAACCUUGAACUGGACAAGGCCGUGGCCUGAGCAGCUCCUCCAGGCAUUCUUUGUGGCAGCGAAAUGCAUUUGGCUCCUUCACCUGCUGGCCUUCUCGUUCAGUCCCCCACUCGGGAUUCUAAGGGUAGAAGAGAACAGAACAUUCGACUCGCACUACAUGGAGGACAUGCUAGUAGAUAGGCAGAGGUCAAACGGACCGAGUAAGGUAAAGGUCAUGGUGAUGCCUGGGUUUUAUGUUCAAGGCAGGGUCUUGAGGUGCAAAGUUCUCUGCAGAUAUAAGUCAGUAACUUAGCUUGAGUGAGUUUUAGACAUACUGUUAAUUUUUCUUCAGAUUUUUUUUUUUAAAAGCAGUCUCAGGGAAAGAGGGGUCUGUAGGUGUAAGUUUAUUGAAUAGUGGUUUGUCAAUAAAUGGCAAGAAGUGUUUGAGGAUUAGGUGAGACAAGUUGAUGCUGAUUCCGUCACCACCACCUAACCACAGAAGCCAAGAACUUGACGUCCCGAAACUGCGAAUAAAAGGGCUUGGCUCGGCCCGUGGAGGCAAUUUGGACCCCUUCCUGAGUCCCACUGACCAACAACGACGCGACCGGCACCGGCAAUCUGGAUGAUCUUGGGAUCAUAGGCUGAUGUGCCAUAUGGACUUUGCUAUCUGUAGUAUAUAUUUCAGCAGCAAAAGUGCAAAGCAUGAGUAGCUCAAUGGGAAACCAUUUGGGCCCAUUGGGCCAAUAUUAUGUUGAGGACUUACUGGGCCUAGGUCUACUUAGGGUCCAUUGGGCCCAUGUUCUAUUUAGGGCCCAUUAGGACAGUCUGCCCUACGUACCUAUGUGUCCUUCCUUUUGAGUCAUAGGUAACAAUGACCAAGCCCAGAUGCUGCACUAUGGCACCUUG